AUGGAGCCAGAGAAUGAGUUCCUGUAUAAAUACAAAGGACUCUAUUUCAUAACUGGCUUGUCCUCACCUGAAAAUUUAGAUUCACUGGACAAUUUUGAAAUCCGAGAUGAUGAUAUAUUCGUAAUCACAUAUUCUAAAUCUGGAACUGUAUGGACUCAGAAUAUUGUCAGCUUGAUUGUUUAUGAAGGCCACCGAGAUGGAACUGAAAAUAUUACCCUAAUUGACCGAGCACCAUGGCUGGAGUAUAAUAUAUUCCAUGUAGAUUUACCUAGUCGCCCAUCACCUCGUGUCAUUUGUUCCCAUCUGCCCUACUAUUUGAUACCCAAAGGAUUACGAAAAAGAAGAGCAAAAAUGAACAAAUAUUACGGAAGAGAACUAACUGAAAAGGAGGUGGAUGAUGUGGUGAAUAAAGAUACAUUUGAUUACAUGAAAGUGGAUUCUAGAGCAAACUACAUGUUAUUGCCUCCUGGGAUUCUAGUUUUCAGCAAAGGAGGCUUUCUUCGCAAAGCUGAAGCAAUGGAGCCAGUGAAGGAGUCCCUAUAUAAAUACAAAGGACUCUAUUUCAUAACUGGCAUCUCCUCACCUGAAACUUUAGAUUCCCUGGACAGUUUUGAAAUCCGAGAUGAUGAUAUAUUCAUAAUCACAUAUCCUAAAUCUGGUAAGUUCAAAGAUGUCUUCCAAGAAAGAUUUAAACUUGUGUCCAAUGUUGUCAUUCAGUUCCUCAGUGUUUUGGUUGCUGUGACGCUCUAUAACCAGAUUUUAACAUUUCGCAUUUUAGAAGAAGCUGGAAAUGUAGGGAAAAUAAGCUGCUAAACCUCUACUUAUAUUGUUUAUAUUUUACUCUACAUUGACUACAUUGGUAACCUUGGCUAGACGCUCUCUCUCAGCCAAUCUACCUCACAGGGCUGUUGUGAGGAAAAUAGGAGGAGGAGGACGUAUUAGGU